UAAGAAAUAAAAUCCGUAUCUUACUUAAAAAAGAAUAGAUGAACCAACAUGGCACUUGCUAAAAAAAGAGAGUAGACGGGCCCACUUGUCACUCAAGUGGAACAGAGGUGCGAUACUACACGUGGCAGGAGCCAAGAAUCCCCAAAAUCCGAAAUCGGUUAGGCUUCCCUCCCAAACCGAAAUUCCAAAUUCAAUCCUCCCGCCAAGCACCCAAACGAAAUCCAAUUCCAAAGCCCUCUCCCCUCCCCUCGCUCCAGACAGAUCCCUCUCCACCCCCAAUUCGAUUUCGAUUUCGAUUUCGAUUCCGCUCUUGAUGCGCCAAUGGUGCGCGAGCUCCGCGUCGACUCCUUCUACUCCCGCCUCCGCGCCGCCGCAUCCGACGCCGCGUCCUCCUCCCCGCUCCUGAUCCUCCCCUCCGCCGCCGACGCCGACUCCCUCUGCGCGCUCAAGGUCCUCGCCCACGUCCUCUCCGCCGACUCCAUCCGCUUCUCCAUCUACCCUGUCGCCUCCUCCGCCGCCGCCGCGUCCCUCCUCGCCUCCUUCUCCUCCAACAGCCCGCUCUGCCUCCUCCUCAUCAACUGGGGCGCGCACCGCGACCUCCGCGCGCUCCUGCCGCCCGCCGCCACCGCCUUCGUCGUCGACUCCCACCGCCCCCUCCACCUCCGCAACCUCUGCGCGGCCAACGACCGCGUCGUCGUUCUAUUCACCGCCGACGAUGAGCACACCGCCGAUCUGUCGUACGACUUCGACGUCUCCUCCCUCGCCGACGCGUCCGACCUCGCUACCGAGGGGGACGCGGAUGACCACCUCCGGGUCCCCGACGAGGACGAGGACUCCGAUGCUUCGGACUCGGAUUCCGACGCCGAGGACGGAGGUAGGAGGAAGAGGCGGCGGCUCUCUGAUGACGCGGAGGCGGACGGCGACCCGGUGAGGCUGUUCGGGAAGCUCCGGAGGGAGUACUACAGGCUCGGCACAUUCCACGGGAAGCCGUCGGGGUGCCUCAUGUAUGAGCUCGCCCACGCGACGCGCAAGAACACCAACGAGCUCCUCUGGCUCGCCUGCGUCUCCCUCACCGACCAGUUCGUCCACGAGCGCAUCACCAACGAGCGCUACCAGGCCGCCGUCAUGGAGCUCGAGCAGCACAUCAACGGUUCGGACAACCUCGACCCCUCCGGCGUCGGGUCAGUGGUCACACUCAAGGACGGCACCAAGAUCCGGGCACCGGAGACCUCCCGCAUCGCGUAUGAAGACGAGCCGAGGUUGAUGCUGCUGCGGGAGUGGAGCUUGUUCGACUCCAUGCUCUGUUCCUCCUAUGUUGCCACGAAGCUCAAAACGUGGAGUGACAAUGGCCUCAAGAAGCUAAAGCUGCUGCUGGCGAGGAUGGGGUUCCCGCUGGCCGAUUGCCAGAAGAACUUCCAGUACAUGAGCAUGGAGGUCAAGCGCAAAAUGAGGGGUGAGUUCGACAGGUUCCUGCCUGAGUAUGGGCUCACUGAGUUCUAUUACCGGAGCUUCUUGAGGGUGCACGGGUACAGAUCCAAGGUGUCUGCUGCAGAUGUUGUGUAUGGCGUCACAGCUUUGCUCGAGUCGCUGAAUUCCGAGUCAAAGGACUCAAAGGAGUCAUCUGCCGCUGAGCAGUUUUGGGUUGCAUAUGCAGCAUUGUCAUUGAGCAAUGUGGAUCAGUUGCGGAAAGGGAUGCAGUCUGCGAUUGAGAUACAGAGGGCUAUAUUGAGGCAAGGAAGCUCGGCGAUUACCAAGACAGGGUUUAUACGGAGUGCGAAGAAGUUUCGGUGGGUGAAGCUUGAUGACCCAGUGGACACGAAUAAACUGUGCCACCCGCAGGCGCUUACCAAAUUCUGUUUCUUCCUGAUGGACGCCCUGAAGGAGAGGGGUGCAAGGAUGAAGCCACUGAUCUGUGCUUGCUUGGCAAAGGAGCCUGAAAAGGUGCUGGUUGUCGGGGUAUGUGGAAAGCCAAGGCUCGGGGCUGUUCAGGGCAAUGCGUUUGGUAAUGCAUUCAGAUCAGCGGCAGAGGAGAUCGGUGCAGACUAUUUCCAUGACAUGUUUGAGUCAUCAUGGAUUGUUCUUGACGUUGUUGCUGUCAGCUCUUUCAUGAUUCGGUUAACGGAGAAGCUGUGAUGAAAUGAGCUUGUAUAAUGUGGAUGAUUCUUUCGGGUUCCGAGAUGGGAGCCUCAGGGUUGAUUCUCUCUAAAUAAAGGAGCUUGAUGCCUGGUGGCACAGGAAAUGUAUCUUCCUCAGUAGUUCUCUAAUGUAGGGAGAACAGCCUGACAAGCAUUCUGCUUUGCUAACUUUUAGCUGCCCAAUGAUCAAGUCUUCAUAAAUUGAGAAGUGAGGAAUCUCCCACUGUUUUUACCGCCUCCUCAGCAAAUGAUAGAUCUAUAGAUUCAGAUGCAAACCUGAUUCUAAUAUAGAGGGGGCAAGGUAUAUUUGCUUACUGGUUUUCUUUAUCUGAUAGAAUGGAUGUUUGUAUUUUAUAUCUGCAUAAACAUUUGUUGUACUCAAUUCUGUAUCAUUACGUCUCUUGAAAUUCUAUAAGUUCAUAACAAGUGCCUUUAUCUAGUAUGCAAGGCUUCAAGCAGCAAGCCUGCCCUUGUUUGUAUGAAUCCAUCUUAAGAGCAGAUAUGUUCAUAUCUGUUGCAAGUAUAUGCUGAAGUAAUGAAAUAUCCUUUAUUCCAUUUCCUUUGUGUUAGCGUAAAUGACUGAAAACCUAUACUAUGUUGGU